AGUGAACUGCCACAACACACGGAGGAUCUCAGCUGCAGCUCUGGUUUGUGGAGAGCCAUGGGAGGGCUUGGCAACGGUCGUCGUGGAGGAAGGUCCCCCCCUUUGCUGAUCGCUGCUCUGAUUGCUUGUAUUUUAGUGCUGGGUUUUAACUAUUGGGUUUCCAGCUCCCGUAACCUGGAGCUACAGACAAAGUUGUAUGAGUUAGAGGGGCAGGUGAGGCGUGGGGCAGCGGAGCGAGGAGUGGCGGAAAUGAAGAAAACCGAAUUCCAAGAAGAAAUCCAACGACAGAGAGAGCAGAUCAGUCACAUCGAAAACCUGUACAAGAAACAGCUGGAAGGAGCCCAGAGCACAUGCAGCCAAGAGAGAGUUGUACUGCAGCAGAAUAUUUCAUCCAGUACAAAAACAAUACAAGAACUCAAAGGUCAGUUAAACCAGUUGAACGAUGAUGUGGGACAGCUACAGAAGGAGCUGCAGAGCUGUCAGGGCAGCAUCAAAACUCUCAACAACAAACUGACCUACGACAUGACCCACUGUAAUUCACAAGUCCUGUCUCAGAAGGAGCUGUGUGAUGAAAGAGUAGCAGCUACUAAACUGGAAGCUCAGAAGAAAAUGGAAAAGCUGAUUGCUUCAUUACAGGCCAACACUCCUGAUGUUGAGAUAAAAGUGUCAAAUGAAACCACAAAGACGGUUGAUUACAUAGUGAAUCCCUCACAGCCCAGAGACCAGCCCUCAGAACUGCUCAGCAACAGCAUCCUGGAGACUAAAGAUGUAACAGCGACUAACACGUCUGACCAGGGCCUGCUUAAACAAGACCCUCUGGCUAUUCCAACGGCUGCAGCAGUGAAGAAGGACCUCCUUCCACCACCAGAGGGCGCUGAGGCCACUAAACCACUGGAGACUAACACCACUGAUGACAAAGAAAUGGAGCUGAUGGAUACUAAAGAUGAGUCUCACACAGAUGAUCCUGGGAUGGAGGACAUGCUUCUGACUGAUGACAAAGCAGAUGACCCAGCUCACAAAGUCGACCUGCAGGACGAGUAUGACACUGACGACCAGGAGGUGGUGCCAGAGAAACAGAAGGCCAGCAAACAUGAAAACUUAGACCAAGAGGAGGAGGACCUGGCCGACUAUAACGGAGACAAUGAUAAUGAAGGAGAAUUUGAGGCCGACAAACAAGCUGCCCUCGCUCAAAUAUAAGGUCUCUACACAUCUACACAACAAUACGGUUUGUAUGACCGACCCGUGUAAUGCCCUGAUCCAAGUGAACACCUGAGAUGUCACAUUGGGAACUCAAUUCAACAUCCCUUCAACCUGAUGUAAAAUAUAACUUCUUCAACCAAUCACUGAAAAGCUGAUCAAAUUUUAUGUACUAUUUAUUUAUAAACCAAUGCGUAUAAUGGGGCUGGAGCAUGUCAACUAUAUGAGGAUAAUUAUAAUAUAUUCUUGCUUAUUCACUCCUUUCAAUGAUGUUUACAUGUUGGUAGAUUUGUGCUUUUUUCAUCUGCUGUAAAUUAAAGGGCCCAUAUUAUGCUAUUUUCUAAUCUGUUAUAAUGCUGGUUCCUCAUCACAAACAUGCCUGGAGUUGUGUUUUGUUUCAUUCACACUUGUUUAACACACAAACCCUCUGUUCCACCUUGUGAUGUCAUGUGGUAAUACAGGAAGUGCCCCACUGUAAUUUUGAACUCCAUACACAUUCACUAGAAUCAUUUGGAAAAUUUCAGUGCAAUUAUCAAUCUCUACUGAACAAAAGGCCAAUGGAAGCUGUUAGCCUGAAAGCUGCUACUACUUGACAUCACAUUUUGAGCUUUGGAAAUGUAGACUAAUAAUAAAGGGUUAUUCAAAUUUAUGAAUGAAACAAAACACAACUCUGGUAUAUUUUUAAGGAGGUAACAUCUUGACUUAAAGUCUUUGUCAAUUUUUAGCCAAAUUAUGGCUUUUUCUUUUUUUUUUAAAUGCUUUUUUUAAACUUGUAAAAUGGGUCUGUUGUCAUUUCUUGGCAUUUGAUAUGAUUCUUUUAAAGGUGCAUUGUGUAACUUUACUGGUGGAUGAUUCCACCCUGUUGUCUCCAUGGAGAUAUUUGCCGAGAAUGUUUCAGAGUGUUAAAUUUAUCUGUCUCCAUGGAGACAAGCAUGUGGCACAAACGGGCCAAGUUAUGUGGUUGAGGCUCCACAGAGCCAACAGAUGUUUUAAGGGAAUUUUGAGCAUUAAAGACAUGUGUUAUUGAAUACAUGAAAAAUAGAUACGUUAAAUGCCAUACUGUGCAAUAAUUCAGGAAACGUUUCUAAUGCUUGUUUCCAUGGAGAGGAGGUUACAUUAGGAGGUACAUAGUGCACCUUUUUAGUGAAUUAUUUUAUUCAACCUAUUUUGAGCCAGUACAGUUUUGGUUUUAUGAUUUUUAAAUGAUGCCUUAUGGGUUAUGUAGUUAUGUAGAGGUGGGCAAUAUUAAUGUUUUAUUUACAUUUUUAUUUUUGACUCCCCAGAAAAUUUGCCUCUAAAUGUCUUGUCUGAGGUUUAUAUAUUGACACUGAAUGGACUGAUCGCUAAUAUAUCGCUAACCCUUGUUUCUUUUUUUUUUUCCCCCCCAACUCAUUUGGCAGCAUUUUAAAGUUUCACUUUCUGAUUUUCUGGUGGUGAGUUGGCCAUAUUUGAUCUAUGGAGAUACUUUGCUUGGAAUGUUCCACAGUAUGACAUUAAACUUGUAUAUCAUUGCAUUUAUUCAAUUACAGCUGUUAUCGCUAAGAAACACCUUGAAAAACACACAUGCUUAAUUGUGAGCAGGCUUGCCUCUCCACAGAUGUAACCUAUAACUUGGUACAUAAGAUAGAUAAGUAAUGCAAUACUGUGGAACAUUCCUGGCAAAUCAGUAACAUCCCAUGGAGACGAGUAGAUGUUCACUCUGAAAAAUCUAAACAUCACUAAAGAUGUGUAACUUUUAUAUUUUUUGUAACUUGCUGUCAUUAUAUUGCCCAUCUCUAUUAGACAACACCAGAAUAGUUUUGUUUAAAAAUGUGCUUUACUCGUUUUAGAAGACAGGUGGCGAUGUCUGCCCUGCUGUUUUGUAAGUACUGUACACUUUGCAGGGAACAUGGCUUGUAGCUGUUUUUAUGCUGUAAAAUUAUGAAGGAUCUUUCCUAAAAUGUGCAAUGACAUUCCAAAGUUUGUGAACAGCUUUGGGAAUGUUUAAACUUGACCAGGCCUGUCACGAUAAUCACUGUAUCGACUCGGUAUCGGCUCAAUACUUAUCGUGUGUGCAUUUUUUGCGAUAGUGGGGAUUUGGUAUUUAUGUACACACGUGGGUAGCACUCAGUUACAUUUACUUGAGUAACUUUUUAAAGAAAUCAUGCUUUUCAGAGUACUUUUCUAGCAGCAUACAUUUACUGCUACUUGAGUAAUAUUAAGAGUACUCUUACUUGAGUAAAAGUUCCUCUUCCCACUGUAAGUCUACUAGUGCCAAAAGCUUUAUGUCGACAAUGAAAUUAUUUGAACAUCUGUGUUUCUUGGAGCACUCUUUCAGAUAUGAUUUAGUCUAAUUUUUGUGUUUAUCCUUUGAUAAUUUGAAGGACAAAACAUGAAAUAAUGCACAAAAUCUAGUAUAUCUAGUUUUCAAUCAGAUGUUGCGUCCGGACAAUUACUCUUUAAGCUACUCUCACUUGAGUAUUAGUUUCCCCAAACACUUUGUACUUCCAUUUGAGAAAGAGUAAAAAGUAGCGAUCCAAGAAAUGUCUCGAAUAAUAUAAUUUUAAUUUACAUUACUCUUCCUUGAGUCCAAUUUUUGGCUGCUCUACCGACCUCUGUUUAUAUAAUACCUAAAGAUUCGAGAUGUGUUGAAAUGUAACUUUAAUUAUUGGUUCACUUUUAAUGAUGCAGAAUUACCUUAUAUUGUGUCAGUGACAAAAAUGUAUUUCAAUAUUAUUAUUUAUCGCAAUAUUCCUCUGUAGAAAUAUAUGGUUGUUCAAACUGUGUCUAUCAUGACAGGCCUAAACGUGACUGAAACGUUUUUACCGGUAGCUUGUACCAUGAGGUGAGGUGUCAGGAUUUUCAGUUCUGUCUCUGCCUUUUCUGCCUCUGUCUUCUGUUUGGUGUCUCAUUGUGAUACAGGCCUCACUGAACUGUGUUGGGUGAGUGCGUAUGACAGGUUAGACUACUCAUUUCACUAAAACAUACUUGUCAUUGUAUUUACAGAAUUUUGUUUUUGAAAUUUUGGUUUAUAAUUUCACUUCCUGGUUGUAACCGCUAGUUUCUGUAUUUUCGUAUUUUUCUUACAAAGUUUUUCCCUGUAAACUGCCACUUAACUGAUGUAAAACUAUGAUAAAUAUUGACCACAGAUACCAAACCAAGUCAGAGUUAGAAAAACAUGAAAAUCUGUCAUAUGCACUGUAAACUGCUCUCAAAUGCACGCUAAUCCUAGUUUUUUUCUGUACAUUUUCAUAAUUUAACUUGAUUUUAAAUUGCGUUCUCGUCAUCAUUUUAGACUAUAAAGCAGUGUCUGAAAUUGCAGCUUGUCAUGUUCUGUGUAAAAUUUGAGAUUUUUUCAUUUUUAUUGAAAAAUAAAGUUUUAUCAGGACUA